AUGGAGACACACGGGUAUGUAUCCCUGCUCAAAAUCCAGUCGUGUUUCAACUGUGUUAUGCUGAGAGAAGCCCAGUUGAAGACCAGUCAUUCACAGCUUAGGAGCUGGGACGCCAACUGGUGA